AUGGCUUCUCUUUGUGAUUUCUGUGGGAAACAAAGGUCAAUGAUCUACUGCAGAUCAGAUGCGGCAUCAUUGUGCUUAUCAUGCGACCGUAAUGUUCAUUCAGCUAAUGCGCUGUCUCGGCGUCAUACAAGGACCCUUCUUUGUGAUCGUUGUGGUUCACAGCCUGCAUCAGUCAGAUGUCUUGAGGACAGCGCAUCACUUUGCCAAAACUGUGAUUGGAAUGGGCAUGAUGCAGCAUCAGGGGCUUCUGGGCAUACAAGGCAGGCCAUAAUUUGUUACUCAGGGUGCCCAUCAUCAGCAGAGCUUUCGAGAAUCUGGUCAUUUAUUAUGGAUAUCCCGACUGUAGCUGCUGAGCCCAACUGUGAGGAUGGACUAAGCAUGAUGACAAUUGAUGACAGUGAUGUGAUUAACCAUCAUGGUGCUUCAGAUGAUAAAAGACUGUUGGAAAUAGCUAACAGAACACUCAUGAGCGAUCCAGCUUCAGCCGACAAGCUUAAACCUCUGAUAGGCUCUUCUUCCGGAGAUGGGUUUGAUGUUCUGCCUCUAGCCACAGAUCAGCCUGCUGAACCAGUUUCAGUGACGCCUAAGGUACCUUAUGCCAGAGAUGACGAUAAGUUCAAUGAUGGCAUGUAUGAAGACUUAUGUGUGGAUGAUGCUGACCUGACAUUUGAGAACUACGAAGAGCUAUUUGGUACCUCUCACAUUCGAACAGAGGAACUCUUUGAUGACGCUGGAAUUGACAGUUACUUUGAAACGAAGGAAACACCACCUUUUUUCAACGAGCAGCCCAAAACUAUGCAGCUAGAAUGUAGCAAUGUGGUAUCAGCUGAUUGUGGGAUGUCAAACCCAGGGGCAAGGGCUGAUUCCAGCCUUUGUAUUCCUGUUAGGCAGGUCAGAUCUAGUAUAUCCCAUUCCUUAUCUGGUUUUACUGGUGAGAGCAGCGCUGGAGAUCACCAAGACUGUGGGGUGUCACCAAUGCUCCUCAUGGGUGAGCCACCCUGGCAUUCUCCUGGUCCUGAAGGCUCAGUUGCUGGAGGAAGCAGAGAUAGCGCUCUCACACGAUACAAGGAGAAGAAGAAGAGAAGAAAGUUUGACAAGAAGAUCAGAUAUGCCUCUCGCAAGGCUAGGGCAGACGUGAGGAAGAGGGUCAAGGGACGGUUUAUAAAGGCUGGUUGCGUUACAGGCAAGAUCACUGGAGAGCACAACAAUCGCAUGCAUCAGAGCCUGCAAUUGAAAUACGGAAAAAAAGGGUACGCCCAACUGAAUGCGUCGCUUGUAAUACGUGCACCCAUAGACUAUUGGCCUACCUACCGAGUAUUUGGUGAGAUCGGUCGGGCACUGGAGGAGUUGCGAAGCUCCUUGUACAAUGAAAUGCAUAGUUCAGAAGGCGCUAAGCGCCAGCAGCAGCGAUUCUGUGGACCAAGUGUUGCACUGACAUUCAAUUUUGCUGUUGCUGUCGGGAUUAUCAUGGCAAAUAAAAUGGUGAUGGGGAGUGUUGGAUUUAAGUUCCCAAUUGCCCUCUCAUUAAUUCAUUACGCAGUUGCAUUUGUUCUAAUGGCCACCCUUGAGACAUUAUCCUUGUUACCAGUUGCCCCUCCAUCGAAAUCCACUCCUUUCUCAUCUAUAUUUGCUUUGGGUGCUGUAAUGUCCCUGUCCACUGGGCUAGCCAACGUGAGUUUGAAACAUAACAGUGUAGGUUUCUAUCUAAUGGCUAAGAUUGCUGUAACCCCAACAAUUGUUGUAGCAGAAUUCAUGCUUUUCCAGAAGAAAGUUUCCUCUCAAAAGGCUGUCACACUGGCAGUUGUGUCAUUUGGAGUCGCUGUAGCAACUGUUACCGAUUUGGAGUUCAAUUUUUUCGGUGCUUGUGUCGCAUUAGCAUGGAUUGUUCCUAGUGCCGUGAACAAAAUCCUUUGGUCAAGUUUGCAACAAAGUGGAAACUGGACCGCCCUUGCGCUGAUGUGGAAGACUACUCCAACUACGAUAUUUUUCUUAUUGACAUUGAUGCCUUUGCUAGACCCCCCUGGCUUCUUGUUGUUCAAUUGGAACUUCAGAAACAGCUGCGCUAUUAUCAUUUCUGCAUUGUUCGGUUUCCUUCUUCAGUGGUCUGGUGCUUUGGCACUCGGUGCGACGUCGGCUUUGUCUCAUGUUGUUAUGGGCCAAUUCAAAACCAUCGUCGUCGUGCUCUCCGGCUACCUGAUCUUCGGCUCCGACCCUGGGAUCACCAGCGUCUGCGGAGCCGUCGUCGCACUCGGUGGCAUGUCCUUCUACACCUACCUGGGUCUGAAGAAAGACUCGGCGACCAGCGGCAAGAAAGCGCCGUCGAGGCAGAACUCCUUUAUGGGGAGACCUAAGAAGCCAAACCUUCAAGGCUUACGGAUUCCCUAA